AUGCAACUCUCCAAGUUUGUUGUUCUCAGCAUCACUGCUUUGUUCUCCUCCACUGGAGAAGCAUGCAAGUGCUACGGAUCUAAGGGCAACCUCAACAACGGCGCAACUCACAAGUGCUGUAACGACUACCACGGUGUUUACUCUGGUAAUGACUGCAAAGCUGGUUCCAUCUCUGAGCAUCUCAGUGGAUUCGACAGGUGCUGCAAGGGUCAAGGCUCAGACUGUGACUUCCCUGGUCGUGCCGCUGCCCUCGGUCAGGAAAUGAGAGCCGUUAAGCACGUCGAGAUCAAGACCGCCCUUGCCAACAACCAAGGUGUGGGCGAGAAACAGGGAAUAUGGAGUGGCAAGGAGAUUAGUCGAGUCGGCCUUGACCGCGUUGCCCUCGUAUCAGGCACUAACUUUACCUCCCGGACGCAAACUUGGAGCUUUUUCAGCACCUCGACUUCACUCAUAUAG